AUGACUUGGGAACUCAACCGGCGACGCAUCUCGCGCACCAUCAAUGAAAAAUACAUCUUCGGUCGCAUUCCGCUCCUGCAUACCAUCAUUCUUUUUAUUGAAAUGGCACUUGCAGCCCGCCUCACCGCGAGGUUCAACUCAUAUUAUGAUGAACGGCCAAUCAUGACCAUGAUGGUAACCAACGCUAUUCUGGGAGGGAUUGCCGACACCGUCGCCCAAACCAUCAGCGCUAUCCGCGAACGAGCCCUUCGUAAGCCCAGCAGUGUCAACAAGCGCACCGACAUCGAACUCGAGAACAAGAACGGCGGUCUACUGGACCAAGGCCUGGCCCUCGACUACAAAGCCUCGCCGACCGGCUUCGAUUUCGAGCGUCUGACUCGCUUCAUGGCCUAUGGUUUCUGCAUGGCCCCUGUGCAGUUCAAGUGGUUCAGUUUCCUAAGCCAGACCUUCCCCAUCACCAAGACCAGUGCCUUUGGCCCCGCCAUGAAGCGAGUUGCUUUCGAUCAAUUUAUCUUCGCACCAUUCGGUCUCUUCGUCUUCUUCACAUCCAUGACUCUGGCUGAGGGAGGCGGCAGGAGGGCCGUCGCCCGUAAGCUUCAGGACAUGUAUAUCCCAACUCUCAAGGCCAACUUCAUCGUCUGGCCCGCUGUUCAGAUUGUCAACUUCCGAUUGAUGCCAGUUCAGUUCCAACUUCCUUUUGUAUCUACUGUUGGUAUUGCAUGGACCGCGUAUCUCUCCCUUACUACCUCUUCCGACUAA